GUGGGUUUGAGACAGACAGGUUUUGCACUGCAAGGUCUAUUUGCUCUCUCGCUGAAGUUUUUGAGCUUCACCAUGGGUUUGCAGCACUACUACUGCUGAGGGGUUGGAUGGUUUCAGAGCUGCUCUUGUUGAUUACAGGUCUCUGUCCACCCGAGAAGUCACAAAUGGACUGUAGAAAUGUAUCUGAGAACAGCAAGGAGAUCUCCAGCUCUUGUUUGGAGCCUGACUCACUGCUGCUCCCAGCAUCUGGCAGUGAUUCUUGCUCCUCCUCCUCAGCUGGACAACGAGUUGGGACAACUGCUGGGAGACCAGCAGCUGCAAAUGCUGCCCGGGAGCGUAGCCGAGUGCAGACCCUGCGCCAUGCCUUUCUGGAGCUGCAGAGGACCCUGCCCUCUGUCCCACCUGACACCAAGCUCUCCAAGUUGGAUGUGCUGCUCCUGGCCACCACCUAUAUUGCACACCUUACCCGUAGCCUACAGGAUGAGGAAGAGUUGCCUGGGGAGGGAUUGGGCACCCUGAGAGGGGAUGGCUACCUGCACCCGGUCAAGGUAAGACAGCUGAGGAACAGGCAGAAUCUUCGUAUUUACCUUGCUAAAUCAAAAGUAGUGUCUAAUAUGAGUAGUUCCAGUAGUUCCAAUCACCACAAUCUUUAGGCACCAAGGUAUUUAGAUGCCAAACUCCCACUGAUUUAAAUGAUCCUGAGCCAAAACACAUUGGCAUUAAUCAGAGUCCUUUCACUAACUUCAGUGGGCUUUGAAUCACGGUUUAAAAUACAAAAGCCCAAGCUCUCUAGCAUAGUUAAAGCUGGCACAACUGAACGAAAUGGGCAGCAGUAGAAUACUGGGGCCUAGUGCAAAGGCUCACUGUUAAGGUGAAGCCCAGAGUAUGGGUCACGAAAUCCUUUAGUACCAAUUCUAGUGACUAUACCUGGGUAUAAGAUGAUUCCAAACAGUACAGUGCUUGGGUUGUUCUUUCUCUCACUGAUCGAGUCGCAGGUUUAGGUCAAGAUGUUAGGUGGGGCACUAAUUCUUCUUGGCUGCAUAUGCAUUAAAUACAUAAGGUCUCUUUGUUAUGCAUUCACUCUAGUUUUUAAUCGUAGUGUUAGCUCUCCUUCAGAAAAACUUGUGAGGAUGCAGAGGGGGGAAAAGCAUUAUCAUGAAGUAGUAGCUGGGAUAAAAAAUGAAUUGGACAGAUGAAUUUAUGUAUCUUCAAUUAUUUUCCUUCAAUUCUAAUGUCAUGGCUUUGGUUUUUUUUAAAGAAUACUUUGGGGGCU